AUGUUGUCGACGGAUUUGUCUGAGGCGGAAGUGUCGGCCUUGAAGGCUAAUAAGGAGCGGUUGGCGAAGGACCUUCACCAUAGUUGUCAAUGGGGAUAUGGAAUUCGAUGGGGAGAUAGGUCGACAGACACGGGCAUGCAACGCCUUUCCUUGUCCCAAGAAGACAAACAGGUACGAGAUUGGUUCAUCGAAACAACAAAGGCGUUGAAAUGCAAUGUCACCAUGGACGAGAUGGGCAACAUCUUUGCCGUGCGGCCUGGUCGAAGAAAGGAUGUCCCUCCAACAUUCAUCGGUAGUCAUCUAGACACGCAGCCAACAGGCGGUCGAUACGAUGGCAUUUUGGGUGUUUUGUCGGGUAUCGAGACUCUCAAGGUCGUUGACGAGAUGGGCCUAGAGACAGAAGGAGGCAUAGGCGUUGUUAACUGGACAAACGAAGAAGGCGCCCGUUUCCCCAUCAGCAUGAUAUCCUCCGGCGUAUGGGCAGAAUGCAUCCCCCUCUCUCGAGCCCACGAUCUCAAAGAAGUGCCCACAGUUGCCUCUCUCCCAACAGCCUCCUCAGCCCCCGAGACUAUGAAAUCAGCUCUCGAGAAGAUCAACUAUCUCGGCUCCGUGUCCUGCUCUUACAAAGAAACACCAAUGGCUGCGCACUUCGAACUACACAUUGAGCAGGGCCCUCAUCUCAUCUCCGUUGGACAGCGAGUAGGCGUCGUGACAGCCGUGCAGGCAUACCGCUGGUUCCGCCUUAACAUAGUGGGUAGAGACACCCAUACGGGAACGACGUCGUUCGAACACCGCGCAGAUGCUCUGUACGCCUUCGCGCGUAUGAUGAUACGCGCCCGCGAAGUUGCAGCAGCAAAGGGAUGUCUUGCCAGUGUCGGUAUCGUAGAAGCAAAGCCCGGCAGCGUGAACACAGUCCCUGGACUAGUCAGCUUCACGCUUGACAUUCGCGGACCCGAGACCGAAAUGGUGGCAUCGGUCGAAGCAGAACUAAGAAAGGAAUUCGACGCUAUUGCCGCAGAGGAAGGCAAAAGCAUCGGCAAACCGUGCCGCGUCGAAUGGACCCUGGACUUCGAUUCACCGGCAGUCAAAUUUCACGAGAGCUGUAUCGAUUGUGUGCAGCAAUCUGCUGAAGCGGUCGUUGCUGACGCUAGUGUACCAGAACCGAAGUCCUUGGUGCGCACGAUUAUGAGUGGUGCUGGUCAUGAUAGUGUGUUUACUUCGAAGAGGGUCCCGACGAGUAUGAUAUUUGUGCCGUGUAGGGAUGGACUCAGUCAUCACCCGGAGGAGUAUUGUUCUGCUGAUGAUUGUGCGACGGGUACAUCUGUGAUCUUGCAAGCAGUUAUUCGGUAUGAUCGCAAGAGGUUCGCAUCGACAUGA